AUGGAGCAUCACGAGCCAGUAGCAUCGUCAUCGUCAUCGCCAUCGCCAUCGCAGCCCCGCCUUCCACAUCUCCCAUACGAGCUCAUCAGCAACAUUGCCGGCUUUCUACCAAGACAAGAUUUCAAAAACUUCAGACUUUCGUGUCAAACGAUUGCAGAAUGUUCAAAACCGCUCCUUGCGUUGCCCAAUUUCGAUGGCGUCCCCUGGAGAAAAGACGGAGAAAGGCUUCAUCAUCUUUCGCUUGUACCGGGCUGCGCAGGGCGCAUUCACGCCGUCAAGUUCAACAUGGCUCGCUUGGUUGAGGAAGAGGUCGAAUAUGCUGCAUCUCGAAUCAUCAACGCAAAUGACCUCCAUAGAGCCUGGGGUCCUUAUCUCGAGACUCAAGAUGUGUUCCUCGACCCAAUCGAGCUGCCUCUUGACUUGGUAGUUCCAGCUAUCAUGAGGCUGCCCAAUCUCGAUUCCGUGUGCUUGACCUGGACGCAGUGUCCUUGGAAAGAUUGUAGGGCAAUUGACGAUGUCUUUGACACGGAAGAAUCCAUGGAAUUGGCCGGUAACGAGAUCUUAGAGUCUCAGCAAGCCAUCCUGGAUGCCCUACUCAGAUGCAACAUAUCACUCAAGAGCCUCACAAUCGAGCCGGUAAUGCAUCCGUACCUGAAAAUACCAUCCAUGCUGGAUCCAAGAGUAUCAACAGUCUUUGGGUCGGUGACCCAGCUACACUUGCAUCUGAAAUACGAUGUCAUCUCCUUCAAGCCAGACCGCCUCGACUACUUCAUCUCCUUGAUGCCCAACAUCCGAGACCUAAAAGUGCACAGCACUCCUGUCCAGUUCGAGGCCAGCGAUAUUGACUUCUACAUUAAGAAUAGACUUCCUCACCUUGAGAAGAUCGACCUGAGCUGUUUACAAAUCAACUUUGUACACUUUGUCCGUCUGAUUAUCGACCAUCUUUCAACACUCAAAGAAGUUAACCUGCAGAGUAUAUAUGGAUGGUGCGAUCCUUUCAGUUCAACCGACAUCGAUUGGGAUUUCAUCUUCAAGCUUAUGAAAGAGAAACUCGAAAUGCUGGAGACGGUUCGAAUCAAUGGCAGGUUCAGUGACAACGUGGGCUGGCAUCAGGUCUUCUUUCGUAACGAUUUGCCUGUUGUGGACACGAUUGUUAGAAUCAUGGGAGAGAAGAGCGAUAGGCUUGAGAGGUAUAUACUAGAGGGAGGGGAGUAUCCUCAGCCUUUGUGGAGGAUUUAA